AUGAAAACAGUAUGGAAAGAUGUGAGCCGUCAUAAUCCCCCGAGAUUUAAGGGUGACAUGAAUCCAGUUGAGGCUGAAGAGGGACGAGCUAAGCGCUGGUGGGAAAGUGUGAGCCCAGCUGAUGACUCACAAGUUACUUGGAAUGAAUUCAAGAGGAUGUUCUUCGAUCACUAUUUCCCACCUGCCCUACGUCAAGACAAGGAAUCAGAGUUCUUUGCCUUGCAACAAAACAAUAUGCAUGAAGAUGACUUCAUUGCUAAGUUUAUAGACUUGUCCAAGUAUGUGACAUUAUUGCGGAGGGAUGAGGACUCAGGGUGGAUGGCUAGGCAAUUACGAGAAAGAGCUAGACCAGACUUGAAGCAACAACUGGCCCUGGUUCCAGUGACUGAUUUUGGAGAUAUGUGUACCAACCUUCGAGUUGCAGCUAGGCGGACUCGUGAGGCUGAGGAAGCUCGUAGAAGGGAUUCUCAAGGGCGGUUUUCCUCAUACCUUGGACCAAGUGGAGGGAUUAGUAAGAGAAAUAAUACGGGCAUAGGAAGUGUAGGUCCAUAUGGAAAGAAUCGAAGUUUAAGCCACAAGAAGUCUGUACAGAAGGGCUUAGCCCAGAAGAGCACAAUCUCAAGAUCUCAGUCUAAUAGAAACCCGAUCACUCAUCAUGAAUCAGUGAUGUCAACCCCUACUAUCCAUGGACCUUGCUUACAAUGUGGAAGGAACCAUCCAGGAAAAUGUUGGGAAUGCUACAAGUGUCACAAGAUGGGGCACAUUGCUCGUUAUUGUCCUGAGAAUCAGCAUAACAUUCAGAACUCCAGGGAUACUCGAUCAAUAAUGCCAGGCCGUGUCUUUGCUAUUACUCGAGAGGAAGUAGGUGCUGCCCCUAACGCCAUCAAAGGAAACAAUACGUUAGCGGGACCUUCGGGGAAGACUCCUGAGGCUCAAUAGCUGUAGCUGACAGUGUAGAGCUUC